ACAUCUUUUAUAUCAGUGCUUGAAAUGGAAAAAAAAGUGGUGGUACUCGCAGGCUCCCUGUACACCUGUACAGCUCUCGCUCUCUCUCUCUCUCUCUCUCGCAAACAAUAAUUAUCUAAGUGAGCCAGAGUUUACAAUGACGCAACAAAUUAAUAACGCUGACAUUGGGCUGGGUUAGAUAAGUUUUGCUGAUACGCACUAAGUCUAAAAACAACCAACAUCACCCCGAUCAGAGAGAGGGAGGCACCUGAAGCGAGUCGUUAAUUUAUUGCAAUUGUGGUGCAUAUUUAUUAGUUUAAAAACACGGAACGAAUCAUGCUGCCAGGAGUUCGCAAAAUGUUGUUAGCUGGCACUAUAUUGUCUGCGGGUCUGGUUGGGUACCUCUGGAGGGACACGUUUGAAUCAGACUCGCUAAAGGGAGCCCGGGUUCUAGUCACUGGAGCCAGCACAGGGAUAGGGGAGCAGAUGGCCUAUCAUUAUGCACGGUUCGGGGCGCAGGUUGUCAUCACAGCCCGGAGGGGAGCUGUACUGAAGCAGGUUGCGGAAAAGUGUUUGAAGUUAGGCGCUGAGAAAGCGCUGUACAUUGCUGCAGACAUGGCAGAGCCUACAGACCCUGACAGAGUGAUCAAGUUUGCAGCAAAGAGCUUGGGUGGUUUGGAUUACCUUGUGCUCAAUCAUAUCGGACCCAGCCCUUUCCAGAUGUGGAAUGGAGAUGUGGAUCAUGCCCGCUGGCUCAUGCAGGUGAAUUACUUGAGUUACAUAGAGAUGACAAAUUCAGCCAUGCCCUUUCUGAAGCAAAGCAACGGAUCUAUUGUCGUAGUGUCUUCCAUUGCAGGAAUGAUUCCCACUCCAUUCACAGCUCCCUACUCGGCGACCAAGUUUGCUCUCAGCGGCUUCUUCGGAACUCUGCGGCAGGAGCUGUCGAUGAAGCAGGAGAGCAUCUCCAUCACAGUCUGCAUUCUGGGGCUGAUCGACACCGACUCUGCCUUGAGACAAGUCAGGGGCAUCGUGGAGGCGAAGGCAUACCCAGCCUCCGAAGCAGCUCUUGCGAUUAUCAAGGGAGGUGCGACGAGGCAGAGGGAGGUGUAUUACCCAGGCUUCUGGCAGCCGGUGUGUCUCAUAAGGGACUGGUUUCCUGGCAUGAGGGAUAGAGUCACACAGAGCACCUACAACUACAAAGCAGUUACACAAACAACAACCACAUAGCACAGCUUUCAGACUUUUAUUCUAGUUAGAGAUGAUCUUUAACCACCACUUUUUCCAUGCCUGUAUUAUAUAAGGUAGUGCGUUGGCUUUUAGGGCUUCUGGCUGGUCAAAGUGUACAAAAUGAUAUAUUAUAGUAUUAUAGUAAGAGACGCUAUUUGCUAUGCCUUUACAGUAGUUUUUUUUUUUUUUUUAAAUAUGCUUCAACAUACUUCUCUGGGCUUUUCAAUGCUAAUCUAAACUUUAUUAUUUUUUAUUACAAUUUGUUGUACUUAGGGAAUUUUUAUAAGGGCCUAGACACAACUUAUAAGUACUAGUCUGUUAAACAUAAAAAGUUUUUUUUUUUUGUUGUUUUUUUUUUAAACUUUGGAAAUGCAGCGUAUGGGCUUAAUCAUGUUUUUUGUUUUACCAUGCUUUACCACAAAUUUACCCCUUGCCUGUGCUCUACCAAGCUUUCUUUCACAACCAUUUUUGUCCCAUUACUUUGCUCAAUUUUGCUGAAAAUGUUUAUAAAGUAUUUUGUUGCAUGUAUUCAAACAAAUAACAGAUCCCCCUUAUGUCUAAACACUCACCCCCGCAAGUCGCUGGCCUUUCUGCAUUAAAAACCACCUCUGUAUGAAAUGCAGUUAACAAUCGCUUGAGUCACGCUGGAGUAGACUGUGUAUGCCUCCCACCCUCGCGCACACACACACACACACACACACACACACACACACACACACACACACACACACACACAGCUACUCUGACCACCCACGGCCACCCCAGAGAGGAUUCCAUGCCCAAAGCAGGAGAUCUUUCCACAGCACCAUGCCUCCCUCCUGGGGAAAAUGCCAGGAUGCAUCAUUGCUGAUCUGCUGACAAUUCCACCCACAGUGCCUGCUGGUGAGAACAGCCUAAUGAUGCACAAUAAAUGCCAGGUUCAUUAAUAUUCAAUCCUCUGUGA